GGGGACCCCGGGGCCAUGAAGACUCGCAAGGAGGCAAGCACGGAGGAGCAGCUCCAGGAGCUGAAGACCAUCACCGGGCUCCAGGAGCAGUGCCGGGCGCUGCAGAUGCAGCUGGUGAAGGAGAAGACGGCCAAGAACAAGGCGACGAUGACAGCCCUGCGCAGCAGCAUCCACCUCAGGUCCCAGGACUGGGCUCUGGCCAAGAAGCAUGACCAACAGACCAUCUCCAAGGCCUGCGGGAAGGACCAGCCCAUGAGGCUGGCGCACGGCCGUUGCACCAUGGAGGUGGCGCGGGAGAAGCUCCGCAAGUACGUCUUCGACCGCGUGAACGUGCACAACGCGCUGAUGCACCUGAUGCGGCGGCGCGGGCAGAAGCUGGAGAGCAUGCAGCUGCAGCUGGCCAGCCUGCAGAGCCAGCCCGAGGCCACCAAGGAGGAACUGCGCCUGCGGCAGGUCAUCCGCCAGCUGGAGAACAACAUAGAAAAAACGAUGGUCAAGAUCACCACAGGCCAGAACAUCCACCUGCUGUACGCGGACCUGCUGGAUUACCUGAAAAAAAAGCUGGCAGAAUACCCCCCCGAGCUGGACAAGCUGCAGAGGCUCGUGGCUGACUACCGCACGGAAGUGUCUGACAUGACGGUCCUGUCGCAGGACGCUGUGCUGAUCACGGAUGAGGUCAAGACGAACAUGAGGCAAGGAGAAGCCACCUUCAUGGAGGAGCGCCGGGCGCGGGAGAACCGGCUGAUCCAGCAGAAGAGGCUGAUAGACAAGCUCCACACGAAGGAGACCAGCGAGAGGUCCCGCCGGGGCCGCCGGGACUUGGACUUCUCCUCCAACCUGAUGGGUCCAGAAACUCUGAAAGUGAGGAAGAGAGACAGCUCCAAGGCUGCUGUCAAAUACCAGACGGACGUGAUGGCCUUGGUGGAGAGAGUCAAGGCGGCCGUGCACUGCUCCCACCUCUGGGACAUCACUGGCCGGUUCCUGGCUCAGAGGAACACGGAGGAGAACCUGCAGCUGCAGAUGGAGGACUGCGAGGAGAGGCGGGCACAGCUGAAGGCCUUGAUGAAGAAACUGGAGGUGGAGGAGGCGAUGCUGAAGUUCCACCAGGUGCCCGGCUCCGUCAGCUUUAAGUCCGCUGAGAAGAAAAUAAUGGACAUGCUGAAGGCGGAGGAAGCCAGGCUGCAGCUGGCCCACGCCACCAUGACCAAGAGCCAGAAGCUGCUGCUGACCCUCCAGACCGGCAUCGACAACCUCUACAUCCGCCUGAUUGGCAUCCCCCUGCCCACGGCCCAGAAAGAAGCGCUGCCCUCCGAUGCCCUCGAUGUGUCCGGCAAGCUGGCGUACUGCGAGCGGAAGCUGCUGCACCUGGCCGACGGUGUGCAGGCGCUGUCCAGGACGGAGGAGGUCGACACGAAGGUGAGGGACGUCCUGGAGGCCUCCACCCUGAAGGAGAAGCAGAACACCAGGAUCGGCUUUGAGGACCUGGAGGAGGACGUCAUAGAGACCUUCCAGUUCGCCGACGUGGACCACAGCUACGUGCCCUCGCGGGCCGAGAUCAAGAGGCAGGGCCAGCGCCUGAUCGAGGGCAAACUCAAGGUGGCCAAGAAGAAGAAGUGACCGGAAGAGGAGGAACCCGCCCCGCCCGCCCCAUUCUGGCUUUGAUUAUACAAAUAAACAUUUUUCCAGGAC